AUGUCUAUCGCCUCUCCAAUCAAUCUAAUCCUCCUUUCCCUUUUCGUCGUGCUAGUCUACUGGCACUUCAAACCGAAGCAGCAGAUCGACCUCCCCCGUGGACCGCCCCCAACCGUCUUCCGCAUCUACACCCCCAAGACUUUACUCGAAUUCAACGGUGAAGACAACCGCCCGGUCUACCUGGCUGUGCGUGGUCGGAUCUUUGACGUGUCUCCCGGCAGGAACUUCUAUGGCCCGGGUGGUCCAUACGAAAAUUUUGCUGGUCGUGAUGCCUCUCGAGGACUUGCUCACCAGAGCUUCGAUGAGGAUAUGCUGACAAAAGAUCUGUCUGCCCCGCUGGACGAUCUUAAGGAUUUGGACAAGGACCAACUUGAGAAUCUUCAGUCAUGGGAGGAGCGAUUCUCGGAGAAGUACUUGGUUGUUGGCAAGCUGGUUGCUGAGGGUGACCCCGAAGCCCCCAAGUCAUAA